UUUUUGCGAUUCAGUUAGACGGUUACACUGGCUUAAAUGUUAAAAUUUAAUAAAAAUACAUUAAUUUUAUUGUUAGACAAUUAAAGGUCUUGCCCGCAAUGAUUUGUCGGCUGUGUUUGAAUACACUAGAUGAGCAUAAUGCCGUUUUGCUAUUUGGUACGGCCUCGUCAACGGGGGCGGGGGCGACAGCGGUCGAUAACGAUAGCAGCAGCAGCACCACCAACGAAAACAAUGGAACGGGGAUUAACAGUAGCAACACCAGCAACAACAACAAUAAUAAUAAUAUUAACAAUAAUCAAAAAACAGGAACGCCGGAAAGCUACUUGGUGCAAUUGAUUUCGAUUCAUUUGUAUCUCUGUUUAUCCCGGGAUGAUGCCAUCUCCACGAGCAUAUGCAGCGAGUGUCGUGCCCAGUUGGAGAGUUUUCAUAAUUUCUGGAAACUGGUGGAACUAAAGCAGACAACAUUGUGCAGUCAGUUUCUGGAAAUUGAUUGCGAUGUCAACUGGUCGGAGGAGGGUGGAGAUGACCCGGAUCCAGAGGUCGAGAUAUUGGAGCCUGAAGGUGCAGAGGUGGAGGCCGAAGCAGAGAUGGAAUCUGAGGAUAUGGUGUCCAUAGUCAAGGUGGAACCACACGAUUUCAAUGAGGCUGUCUAUAUAAGUCGCGUGGUGGAUGCAAAUGCUAAGAAAUUUCCUUGCAUGUUCUGUGAGAAAUCCUUUAAAAUGCGUCGCUACCUGGAGGAGCAUAUAGCCACGCAUACAGGCGACAGGCCCAUAGCUUGUCCCUACUGUGAGAUGGCAUUUCGCUGUCGAUCCAAUAUGUAUACGCAUGUUAAGAGCAAACACACAGCUCAGUGGCUGAAAGCACGAGCGGAACGGGAUGCGGCAAAAAGUCAACAAACGGCACAGCCUCCAUCUGUGGUGCCGGUGUCUGCCUCAGUUGUGCAUAUAAAAACAGAGCCAAUUGAUGAACCACCACCUCCUCCGCCGCCGGCACGAGUUGCAGCUCCUGUUCCCACUUCCGUUCCCGCUCCCACUCCAGCACCAGCUCCAACUCCGGCUCCGGCUCCUCCCCAACCAGCGUUGCAACAAAAUGAGCCAAUGGAAGCCAUCAAUUUGUCUAUAUGCAAAGCCAAAUCACGUCCCCAGCCCAUUACUCGUUCAAUUAGUAGGCGCAAAACGCACUCACCCAAAAAGGUUCAGUCCACAGUCGAAUGCAGCGAUGACGCGAGCAGUGACAGCAAUUCGGAGGAGCAAGUGACCAGUUUGCUGCCCCACAAACGUUUCAAAGAGAACGAACUAAUGUUGGCCAACUAUAAUGCUGUGGCUGCUGCUGUAGUAGCUGCCGCUUCUCUCAAUACCAACAUCGGCAGCAGUAAUAGCAGGAGUAAUUGUUCCACUACCUCAGGAGGAGGUGGAGGUGGAGGUAUUGGUGCUUCAGCCAGUGCUGUCGAUAGUCUACAGCAACGAUUAUGUGCGAGUCUCAUACAACAACAUCAGCAGGAUCUCUUCCAUGCAAUGACCACAGCGGCCAGUUCCAUGGCAACAGCUGCAGCAGCUGCAACAAGUAAUUAUCAACAUCAUGGUACAACUACUUCCAUAGAGCGUCCAUCUCAUGCCAAUCACCUGCAUAAGAAGCAAUCAUCAUCGGCAGCAUCAAUUGCACCACAAGCACCUGCACCGGCACCGGCACCGGCACCUCCGUCAAUAGUUGCAUCCUCGAUUUGUGCAAAUUGUGGCGAACUGCCUGGCCAGAAUCAUCGGUGUUUGACCAAGGCGAAAUAUGCCUGCGAUGUGUGCGGCAAAUGCUUUAAAAUGAAACGCUAUCUGGAGGAGCACUUUGCCACACACACUGGAGUCAAGCUGCAUACCUGCGCCUUCUGUCCUACGGAAUUUCGCUCCAAAUCGAAUAUGUAUCAUCAUACGAAACGUAAACAUAAAGUUGAAUGGGAGCGUUCACGUGCCACAAGGAAUGCGGCCAAAACGACAAGUGGCCAAGACCAGCAACAGCAGCAACAACAGGCUCAGUCCAGUCAGACAGCAGCAGUUUAACCACCAUACACACACACACACACACACACACACACACACACACACACACACACACACACACACACACACAAAUCACCGUGGAUGCAGUGCAGCCAUUUAAACAACUAAACAAAAAACUUUUUCAUUUCAAUUUAACUCACGUACUUAUUUCUCACAAAAAAAAAAACUAAACAAAAAACAAGAAAUUAUGUAUUGUACACCUAAAAAUACCCUCCCUCCACCACCCAACACCCACAACCAACCCAGCCCAAUCCCAGUGGUAACUACUGUAUAUACUCUCUCCCCCUAUAUCUUCUUGUUCUUUAUAUUGUAUGCCUUAACCAGAUGCAAGUUGGAAAAGCAUUUGGUUGAAAAGUAAAUAUAAAUUAAUUGAAAACAUAAGUUUUUAAACGAA